GCACUAUCGAAAUAGAACCCUUUGUGGAAACGAAGAAUAACUAUCCAACAUAAAAGAAGACGAAGUUCACGCUACACGCGUCCCCUUUUCUACUGUUUGGAUCAACUUGAAUCAAUUUAAUGAAUAUUUAUGUUACCUUGAUUUUUCGAAUCUCAAGAGUCAUAGUUCUCAGGAUCAGGAGCGUAGAAACGCAUUUUUCGUGGAUUGCCCCACCCCAUCGCGUGGUGAUCGGCGGGCGGGCGGCGGCCAUAUUAUUAGUGAGGUGUCAGUAUUUUCUCAACGUGACGGGAUUUUUGGGUGUGGAUCGCACAAUUUCCCGUCGUUCCUUGGUAGCGUGCAUUAGUGCAAGUGUAAGUGCGACCGGUCCACCGUGAAUGUGUGGUACACGUGUCAAAGGAACACCCUCUAACAUAGAGAAAACAAAUUAAAUACUUCAUUUCCUCGUCCCUGUAAGAAGAAAAACACAAGAUCACCAUGCCGAAGUCGAUGAACGUCAGGGUGACGACGAUGGACGCCGAGCUGGAGUUUGCCAUCCAGCAGACGACCACUGGCAAGCAGCUUUUUGAUCAAGUUGUUAAGACAAUUGGUCUCCGUGAAGUUUGGUUUUUUGGCCUUCAGUACACUGACAAUAAGGGUGAUCUAACGUGGAUCAAAUUGUACAAAAAGGUGAUGAACCAGGAGGUCAAAAAGGAGACCCCAUUGCAGUUCAAGUUUCGUGCGAAAUUUUAUCCCGAAGACGUUGCGGAGGAAUUAAUACAGGAUAUCACGCUUCGUCUUUUUUAUCUGCAGGUGAAAAAUUCUAUACUCAGUGAUGAAAUUUACUGCCCACCUGAAACAUCGGUAUUGCUUGCAUCUUAUGCGGUUCAAGCUAGACAUGGUGAUUUUCAAAAAGGAACUCACACUGCCGGCUUUUUAGCUAAUGAUCGUUUGUUACCACAAAGAGUUGUUGAUCAACAUAAAAUGAGUAAAGAAGAAUGGGAGAGUUCGAUAACUAAUUGGUGGCAAGAACAUCGUGGUAUGUUAAGAGAAGAUGCUAUGAUGGAAUAUUUGAAGAUUGCUCAGGACUUAGAAAUGUAUGGAGUUAAUUAUUUCGAAAUUCGUAAUAAAAAAGGAACAGAAUUAUGGUUGGGCGUCGAUGCUUUAGGUUUGAAUAUUUAUGAAAAGGAUGAUAAACUUACACCUAAGAUCGGUUUUCCAUGGUCCGAAAUAAGAAAUAUUUCUUUCAACGAAAAGAAAUUUAUUAUUAAACCGAUAGAUAAGAAAGCACCAGACUUUAUUUUCUUUGCUACAAGAGUCAAGAUUAAUAAGAGAAUUUUGGCGCUUUGUAUGGGCAAUCAUGAAUUAUAUAUGCGUAGACGUAAACCGGAUACCAUUGAUGUUCAGCAAAUGAAGGCUCAAGCCAGAGAAGAAAAAAUCGCGAAGCAACAGCAAAGGGAAAAAUUGCAAUUAGAAAUUGCAGCGAGAGAACGUGCAGAAAAGAAACAACAGGAGUACGAGGAAAGGCUAAGAAAUAUGGCUGAGGAAAUGGAUAGGCGACAGGCAGAAUUAAACGAAGCUCAGGAAAUGAUAAGACGUUUGGAAGAACAAUUGAAACAAUUGCAGGCUGCGAAGGAGGAAUUAGAAGAUCGUCAAAAGGAAUUGACGGCAAUGAUGGAAAAAUUAGAACUUUCUCAUGAAAUGGAAGCCGCAGAACGUGCUAAGUUAGAACAAGAGAUUAGAGCUAAGCAAGAGGAGGUGCAACGUAUACAGUCCGAAGUAGAAGCGAAAGACGCAGAAGCUAGGAGAUUACAGGAGGAGUUUGAAGCUGCCAAUAGACUCAGGCAAGAGGAAGCUGAUCGAGCUUUUCAAGCUAAUACAACUCCUCAUCAUCAUCAUGUUGAAGAAAAUGAAGAGGGAGAGGAAGAAGGCGAGGAUGAGAUUCCAAAUUGUGAUGUUACUAAAGAUCUUGCUACGGAUGAAUCAAUAAUUGAUCCAGUCGAAGAGAGACGUACUUUGGCCGAAAGAAAUGAACGUCUUAAUGAUCAAUUGAAGGCAUUGAAGCAAGAUCUUGCACAAUCACGAGACGAAACCAAGGAAACUGUCAUGGAUAAAAUUCAUAGGGAAAAUGUUCGUCAAGGACGUGACAAGUAUAAAACGCUACGUGAAAUUCGCAAGGGCAAUACCAAACGUCGUGUCGAUCAAUUUGAGAAUAUGUAAAAUAUGUGCGUAUAUUUAUCCACACGCCCCCCCCCCCCAAUCCCACCCCAAUGCAUUUUUAUUAUCUCAUUUUUUGAAUUUCAUCUAUUCCGUAUCAUUAUACGGAAUAUUAUUAUUGCACAUGAGAAAUAGAGAGAGAGAGAGAGAGAGAGAGAGAGAGAGAGAGCGAGAGAGAAAGAGAGAGCGCGCGAGAGAGAGAGAGAGAGCGAGAGAGAGAGAGAGAGAGAGAGCGAGAGAGAGAGAGGAUUCAAUGUCCUAGGUAUAUAUCACUAUAUCACUAGAUUUUUAUCGUCAUUCCUUUGAAUUGAAAAUUAUUUUACAAUCGAUCUUAAUUCUUGUGCCACGCAACGUAAUUGAUACAUUUUUUUUUUUUUUUUUUUUUUUCUUUUUUUUUUUAUAGCGAUUUGUAUAAUCCUAUCGCAUUGAGACAACACGCUAUUAUUCAUUCUCAUCAUCAAUAUCAAACUUAUAGAAUUUGAUUUAUAAAUACAUUAUUAUGGCAAUGAAUGCUAAACUCUUGUUCAUGAGUUUAGCAAAUGGGACGCGACGAGCGAGAUUUAUUAUAUUAUGAUAUAUCUUCCAAAUAUGCUUCCGUAUAUCAAUUAUGAUUCAAUAUCAAACGCGCUUCAUUCUCCAAAAGUUUUUGUGUAUUGAAGAUAGAUCAUUUGUGUCUUUUCUUCGAUAUCAGAAUUUAUAAUAUUCUCUUUAGUAUAAAUAUUUUUUCUUUUUACUGUUUUCUUUCUUUGUUUCUAUCUUUCUAUCUUUCUUCUUAUCUUUCUUUCUUUCUUUCUUUCUUUUUUUUUUUCUUUUUUUUUUCUUUUUUUUUUUUUUUUUUUAAAUCUUGAAAAAAUACGUCUCAUUUUUAUUAGAAUAGUAUAUAUUUGGCAAUAAGCUAACUCACUCUCUCCUAAUUAUGUUUAGCUAUUUUCUAUCUUUGUUCUUGUGCUCGCGUUUAUUAUAAUUCUAUCGUCAAGAAUGUGCUAAGAAUAUUAUUAUUAUUAUUAUUAUUAUUAUUAUUAUUAUUAUUUUAUUAUUAUUAUUAUUAUUAUUAUUAUUAAUAUUAUUAUUAAUAUUAAUAUUAAUAUUAAUAUUAAUAUUAAUAUUAUUAUUAUCAUCAUCAUCAUGAUCUAUGUUCCUUAUUAUUUGUGUCAUGGACAACAAAAAUUUUGAACGUUCGUCUUCUUCUUUUUCUUCUUCUCUCAUAUAUAUAUAUAUCUAUAUAUAUAUAUAUAUAUAGUUCUCGUUGUAAGUAUUAUCGUUGACCGGUAAAAAAAAAAAAAAAUAGAAAAAAAGACGCUUUCAAAAUGGUGCAGACAUAACAUUUCUUUAACAAUUAUUUUUGUCGUCGCAAUCUUCAUCAAACGUUACAGGAUGGAUCAAAAGUUUUUAGAUGAUUUUAAAAAUCAAUUACUCUUUUACGAGACUGUAUAGGUCAAUUUUUUUUCUUUUUCUCUCUCACUUUUUAUUUUUUUUUCUUCUUUUUUCUUUUUUCUUUUUUUCUUAGAUUGUAUAAGAAAUCUAGAAAGGCUCAAAAAAGAGUAUUUUAUUAUAAAAAAAUCUAAUAGGAACUUUUGAUCCAUUCUGUACAUACAUUGUUUAUUCUCCGUCCUUCGUAAGGAUAAUAUUUGAAGAUACACACACACACACACAUACACGCAGACAGACAGACACAUCCUCUCCUUGGCAUGUAUAGUACCAUUUGACAAUUGUCAAUGAUAAUAUGGUGUUGUGUAACUAUAUCUGUGAGUCCAACGAGAUAUAAAUAGUUUUAGAUUUGGGACAAGUUCGUAUAUUUAAAAAAAAAAAAAAGAAAAAAAAGAAAAGAAAAUUGAUACUUUUCUCUCUCCGAGGAUUUUUAAAUGAAACCGAUUAUAUCAUCGAAGUUGAUUUGUGUUCCUUUCUUUUUUUUUUUUUCUUUCUUUUUUUUUUUCUUUUUCUUUUUCUUUAUAAAGACCGACAAUUCUGAUUAGGAAAAAAAAAUUUAUAGAAUUAAAACUGCAAUUAAUGAUAUAUUGGCGAUUGUUUAGAAUGCGAUAUGAACAAUAGUAAUAAUGAUGAAAAAAUUAACAUGCAAAACGUUAUAAUUCAAUCAUAUUCCAAUGUUACUACAUAUGUGUGUGAAACGGUUACAAUUUUAUAAUGAGAAUGUGUAACUAUGAACAAUUUAUUGAACGAAGUAAUAUCUUUUUUUACUUAUA